AUGGGCCUCACACCCGAACAGAAGCAGCAAUGGGCCCAGAACGGCUACCUGCUCAUCCCAGACGCACUUUCGCAAUCUGAAGUCGCAGAACUCAUGUCGGAGACCCAAAAGAUGCUCUCGAACUUCGACCUCUCCAACCAUCCCAUGACCCGCUUUAGCACCGGCGAAUCCAGUGCCCACGUUGGAGACGACUAUUUCUUGACAUCCGGCGACAAAAUCCGCUACUUCUUCGAAGAAGCCGCCUUCUCCGCCGACGGGAAGCUCUUGAAGCCAAAAGAGAAAGCGAUCAACAAAAUCGGACAUUAUCUCCAUCAUUUGAAUCCGAAGUUCAAAAAGGCCAGCAUCAACGCACAGAAUGCCGAUAUAGCUCGAGAUCUUGGCUUCAAAGAUCCAAGAGUCCUACAGAGCAUGAUCAUCUGCAAACAACCAGAGAUCGGUGGCCGCGUGCCUCCACAUCAGGAUAGCGUCUUUCUCUACACCGAUCCGCCUUCGGCUGUGGGCUUUUGGUACGCGCUCGAGGACUGCACGGUGGAGAAUGGAUGUUUGAGCUUCGCGCCGGGAUCACACCGCAGAGCGCCGAUCACGAAUCGCUUUGUCAGGAACGAGAGCAAUACGGGCACAACGUUUGUGAAGAAUGAGGGUUCGCAAUGGCCGGAGGGACUCGAGAAGGAGCAGGGGAAGCAGGAGCAGGAGGAGACGUAUCAGCUUGGAGAAGUCAAGGCUGGGACUCUGGUGCUUAUACAUGGAAACAUUCUGCACAAGAGCGAGAAGAAUACGAGUUUGAAGGGGAGGAUGAUAUAUACUUUUCAUAUGAUCGAAGGUGGGCACGAAUAUGAUGCGAAGAAUUGGUUGCAGCCGCCGGAAGAAGGCUUCACGGCGCUCAAUGAGGCUGUUGGUGCCGCAUUAUGA